AUGGAUCUGAGCAUGAUUGAACCCAAGGCAAUCCUCCAGGAGAUGCUAUUUCGAAUCGAGCGAAUGCGAAUACACUCCAUGCGUACCGGAUCUUCAAACGCAGGAGACUUUUCCGGUGUGGAAAUGACAAAUUGGUACGUUCAUGAAUCCGAACAGCGUCGCGGAUGUUUAAUCAAAUCCGCCACCGUAUUACGGAGAAGCCGCUUGUUCUCCGGCGCGAUGUCGGCGGUUGUUCCCCGGCGCGAUGUCGACGGUUGGGCUUUUUGGCGGACGAUGCAAAAUCACGCCACUUCAUUCAUCGUCUCUCUUCCAGUGUCUUUCUUCGUCGUCUUCCUCUUGCUGCUUGCUUCAAGAUUCUCUGAUCCUCUGAUCUUAAACGCAAUGGACGCGGAUCCUCCUGAAAAAUUACAGAAAACGGAGGCGGGUUCUUCUGCCGGCUUUUCUUCGAGAAAUUUACAGUCUCGAGAUCGCGAACUUCCUCCGACGCAACAAGCUCUCCCGGAAACAAAUUCUCCUGCAAAUCAAAAUCGUCCUUACGGAAUUAUGGAUGGCGAGAAUCCUCCUCCACCUCUAAACUUGCGUCUGACAAUUACUCCGGAGUUUAUCUCCAAGGCAGAAUCUAUCCUCAACCAAGCACGCCCAUUGCCUCGUCAACAGUUAUUGCCUGAUCCCACAGAGAUUACAAAGACCUCAACUUGUAAGAAAUCUGCAAAUCCAAAGCCUAUAGCUUUCCCAGUCUCCAAGAUCACAAUUGGUCAAUGGACACACACGGCGGUGCACCCGGAUGAUCUUACGGCGAAAUGCUAUUUUGUAAGGAGGAAACUCAUGUGGGAGAUUCUCGACAAUGUACAAACAGGAGCACAAGUGGCGAAGAUGAAGAGAAAGAUGGAGAUCGAUUGGGCUGAUGUCUUGUCUCUGAAAACAACAUACUCAGCUGAUGGAACCGGAACACUCGAAGUUGAACUGAGAAAACGUCCAACAUUCUUCAUGGAGACUAAUUCACAGGCAGGAAAUCAAACUCUAUGGCUACGGACGAAUGAAGAUUUCACCCUUGAUGAGUCUGCUUCUAAGUGCAGGGUACAUACACUUCAUUUCGCUCCUGGAGUUCUGGAAGAGAACUUUGAGAAGACUAUGUGCAGCGAUAGCUUCUGGUCAGAACUCGUCAAAGUCCCUUUUCCAGUUUCACCUCCUUACUUCGAGAGUGGGCUAUGA